GAGUCACUAGGCGUCGCGUCGAGCGGUUUGUUAUCAUUCUGAGGAGAGGCACUGGGAAGUAAUGUUUCACUUAGUCAAAAUGAUGUUUGAAAAUUUAACUUAGCCGGAGCAAUGACACCCGGAAAAUUCUUAAGAGAGUCCUGAGAGCUGCAAGGCAGCGUACUAAGGACCGAUUAUGUUGGAAGGUUUAGCAGCCUGGGUUCUCAAUACCUACGUCGGAGGCUACGUGGAAAACCUCAACACACAUCAACUGUCGAUAGGUUUGCUGCGAGGUGAAGUCGAGCUAGAAAAUUUGCCUUUGAAGAAAGAUGCAUUCCGGCAGUUGUUACUUCCGUUGGAAAUCAAAGCAGGCUUCAUUGGAAAGCUGAGCCUGAAGAUCCCAGUAACAAGGCUGCGCAGUGAGCCAUGGUUGAUUACCAUCGAGCAGCUGUAUAUUGUGGUGGGACCGGUGUCUUUGAACGAGUAUGAUGAAGAACGUGAAGACCAGGUGCUCCAAAAUGCCAAGCUUUCCAAGCUGGAUGCCAUGGAGGCCAAGUGGAAGGCCAGCAAUGAGUCCAAGCAGGAACCGUCCUACUAUGCUUACUCAUACGCCGCCUGGUUGACAUGUGGCACCUCCGUGAUGUCGAACAUCAUCAAAAACCUACAGUUCAAGAUCAAAGAUGUGCACCUCAGGUAUGAGGAUGACUUCACGGAUGCGCAGAAUCCCUUCGCAUGUGGAAUCACAAUCCAAGCCUUGUCUUCCCAAGGUGCUUCUGGAAAGGAACACGACGCACCCCAAGAGGCGGCAGAAGAAAUUGCCCACCAGUCGCUGCAGCUCAAUGGGUGUGCCGUCUACUGGGACACUGAUGUCACCAUGCUCGGGGGCUUGGACAUCAUGGCAAUGGCUGAUGCCAUGAAGAAGCAGCAGACCCACGGGAUGACAACGACCAAGCUGCUGCGUCCGCACUCGUACCUGCUGGCCACCACCAGCGCCCAGGCCCAGAUCUCGAGGAACUGCUCCGCCCAGCCCCUCAGGUCGCGCUCCAAGCCCCGGCUCGUCUGCGACCUCCAGCUGGACAAGUUCUCCAUCACUCUCAACGAGGAACAAUACCGGCAGAUGGUGUUCAGCCUGAGGGAGCUUGAGCGGAUAGACCUGUCAUGGAAAUACAGGAGGUGGAGACCAACUGUUUCCGUUCAAGGAAACGCAAGGGAAUGGUGGAGGUUUGCGAUGCAAGCUCAUGUGAGUCACAUCACCAAGUGCCACAGCCAGGCCACGUGGGAUUUUGCGUGCCUCAGGGCGAAACAGGUCAAGACGUACGUCGACAUCUACUACAGCCAUCUCACAAAGCCCGAGACGCUCGGCACGGAGAAACAGAAAGAAAAGAACUUCUUGGAGCAGCAGCUUGAGUUUGAAACUCUGCUCUCUCUAAGGGAGCUUGUCAUCCAGAAAGUACGCAGGGAACAGUCUAGCUGGGUGCCAGGCUCUCGGGGCCAAGGCCUGCUGCAGUACUGGUUUCCCGGCUGGACCGGCUGGUACUCUGGGGGCACGGCCGAGGAGACUUCCAAAGACGCCGCAGCGGAGGAUGAUGCCUCAGACUUUGACGACGCGUCAUCCAUCAGCACGACCUUAACUAGUCAGAUAGAGGAAGAGAUCCUGGACGUGCUGGACAGCGUAGAUCGGGACACCUUCCUGAUGAGGGACACGGUGCUGGCACGCGUGGGCUUCUCCCUGAGCCAGUGCAGCUUCACCCUGGUUGGACUGAGGCCGGCCGGCGAAUCCAAGGACCCUUCUGCCAUGCAGCCGCUGGUGGAGCUGCGUUUUGCGGACGUCACCCUGGACGUCGAAAGCCGUCCCCGGCUGGGCUCUUUCCUCUUCGCCGCCCGCCUCGGCUCGCUGCACUUCCUGGACCGGACGGCCGAUAACCCGCUGUACCCUUACGUGCUGGCUCCACACAGUGUGGAAUCGUUGCAUGUCUUCCCCAAGGUCAGCGUGGGCGAUGGGACCAAGCCACAGUCUUCCAUCUUCAAGUUCCUGCCCUUCUCGACAUCAAGUUCCCCCUUCGGCAUUCCACUGCCCCUUGGGGACAAAGUAGACUGCCCCUCCACACCUCUGUUUGAGCUGACGUACGAGAGGAAUCCACUUGGGUCCAGUGCAGACCACAGCCUGGUGGUUAACACCCAGUCCCUGGACGUGGUGUACAACCCUUCGACCAUCCGGACGGUGAAGCGGUUCCUGACACUGUGGAACUACGAGGGCAGUCCCCGGUCAGGGGAGGCCCUGAACCUCUCUGCGGCUGCACGCUCCCGCUACGAGAUGUUCAAGAAGCACACCAAAGACGAACUCCGCCAUCGCUGGGACCUGAUGCUCGAGGGGAAGGAGAGCAGUCUUCAGAUUGCUCGGUGGGACGUCCAAAUGGACAUCUGUGCUCCACAAAUCAUUGUUCCGGAGAGCUUCUCAGAAGGCUCUUCCACUGUGGUUCUCAUAGACCUGGGACACGUGCAGUUCUCAAACUCUGCAAUGCUUCAUAAAACACCUCCUGACAAGAUGGAAGACAUCUCUGAUGAUGAAGACUUCAAAACCCCGUGUUCAUCACCACCCGAGCUUGUUCAGCUCGAAGAAACUUCACCAAAAAAGCCUGACAGCUCAUUUCUAAGGAAGGAGUGCAGCGUUAUCAACGACAACUUCGUCAUCAGCUCUGGGCAGGGCUCUGCCUUCACAGAGUCGGACAUCCUGGACCGCAUGUACAAGAGGUACUCCCUGAACCUGCAAGACAUGCAGGUGCUAGUGGGCACGAGCAAGGAGAGCUGGAUGUUUGCCCAGUCCAAGGGAACCAGCAGGAUGCACGUCCUGGACAGGUUCUCCAUCUGCAUCCAGGUGGAGAGGCGUCUGCUAGCCACGGAUGACCCUCACUGGCCGAGUGUGAUUCUCAGUAUGAAGCUGCCGAGGCUUACGGCUCAUGUGAAUGAGCAAAAGGUUCAUGCGGUCCAGAUGUGCCUGUCCAGGCUGAAAGAGAGUACCUCGGCCCGUCCCAAAAGCUGGUCCUCCCAGGGAGUCGGCACUCCAUUAUUGUCAUUGGACGACACGGCCAAAAAUGACCCGUCGGGCACCGGCGGCGGGACUUUUGCGAGCAAAGAAAAGGAACCUCAUGAGCUUUCGCUUUUGCUGCUGGCACAGUGCUCUAUUGAACAGAUGUGUCUGGAAGUACAGAGCAGAGGCAGGUGCAUAGCAGAGCUGCAGGUGACGGGGGUGCAGGCCACCUUCUCCAAGCGGCCCGUGGACUCUUCCUUCACCAUGUCCGUCCACGGCCUGCUGCUGGUGGAUGCAUUGCAGACCUACGGCCCAGACUUUGAGCUCCUGGUGGCCUCCCAUAAGCAUGUCAGCAUGGACAGCCGGAGCGGGAGCAUCAGAGACAGCGACCCCAACUCGCCCACGUCUCCGUCCAGUCCUCCCGUGCCAGUGCUGUGCUCUCCACCCCUACAAACGAUAGCCGUCCCCAAGAUUCUCUCGGCCAUUCUUUCCACCCUACAGACUGCGCCUCCCAAAGUGCUUUUGGACAGGCACUGCACUUCACCAAUCAGUGUUCUCGACAGCCACGAGUUGGAUGCUCUGAUCACCGUCGAAGUCACCAUGGUCAAUAUCCCCAGUUCCGAUGGAAACAGCAGUGGUGAACAGGUUUUCAUUGCAGCUGUGCAGUUCAACAACCUGGAUGUGAUUGCAAACCAAGAGACGAUUGUGGAGUUGGUGAGCUUUGCACAUUGCUUGAAAGCCAGCGACACCUCGAGGCCCCUCUCUGGCACGGCCAUGGAAGAUGGCACACUCUCCACGUCACCCUCUCAGCUAGAUUUGGAUACACCAAGCACACAGGCCAGUCAGAGCCAGAUCAGCAGCAUGCAGCUGACCUUCGACUUCCACCGCUUCAACGUGCUCCUCCUGCGGUCGGUGAGCCGAAAGGGCAGCGUCUCGGGGCAGAAAGUGGCCACCGCCACAAUCAGUGGCGCCAAAAUCCAGGCGUCCAUUGGCUCUUCCUUGGAGAUCCAGGGCACUCUAGGGGGCCUGCAGGUCUGCGACCUCAUCUCCGAGAAGACUCUGCACAGAAGGAUUGUUAGCAUGGGCAGUGACCCUCACCUGAUCCAAGAGACCCACGACCUCCUGAGCAGACGGCUCUACCGUGCCACCAUGCCCAGCAGCGACAGUAGCGACUCGCAGAAGGCAUUCGAGUUCACCAUCAAACGCUCCGGUCUCAAAGCCAGCCCAGAGCCGAGGAGAUCUGUUAUGGACCCGACCGGAGCGCCCGGGACGGGAGGCUCCCCGGAGUGCCUGGACGUGCUGGUGCGCACGGCGUCGGUGUGCUACAUCCACUCGCCCCAGCUGCUGCACGAGCUUACCUCAUGCGCGGUGGAGUUCAAGCACUGCAUGGCAGUGCUGGCCAAGUCAAUCAGGGAUGCGGCCACUGAGGUGGCCCUUGGCAUCGUCAACAUGCCGUCCCAGCCACUGGGCGUGUCCCUCCACGUGGAGUCUGCAGAGGACUCACCGGCUCCGGCGGUGCAGGAUGUCUUGGUGGAUGAAACUGUGGCAGAUUCACUGGCUGUGCUGCCGCUAGACGUGAGGCUGGACAUCUUGCUCCAGACGCCGGUGAUCGUGCUGCCCUGCAGCGCCUCAAGCCGCAACGUGCUGGUGGCCCACCUUGGCCGCAUCUCGGUGCAGAACACCGACUCGUCGCUGCUGCAGUCCCCGCAGUUUGCCUUCAACUCCUGCGACCCCUACAAGGCGGACGUGUUCUUCGUCCAGUUCAGGGACGUCAACCUCUACUCGCUCAACAUCGACGACAACCUCGGGGCCUCGGUGAAGGCGGCCCCAGGCGCCUCUCCCGACCUGCUUCCGGUCGUGGACCUGUACAGCUGCAGGGCGCACGGGCGCCCCAUCCUGCACGACACGGUCAUCGAGUUUACGGUGGAGUACAGGCGCGGCGUCGAGGAUCGGGACCUCGGGUGGUUCAACGACGGUUUCACCUGGCUGGGGGACCGGGGUGAACGGACUGCGGCGUCGAAGCAACGCCGGGGCAAGCCGACAUUGGAGGUUUCGGGGACAGUGAUCAAUUCCCUCAAGUUUGCCCUGACCAAGCACCAGUAUGAAUUGAUGCUCCAGUCUAUCAACAACAUUGCCUACUGUGAUGACUUGCACAUCAAUGAGGACACUUCUGGAGAACCGACACAUUUUUCUUCUCCGUGGGAGGACCUGGUGUCAAAGGACAUCCUGUCUUUGCCCGAGCGGUCCCAGCAGGUCUCGAAGAAUGCAGCUGAGGAGAUGGCACAAGGAAGCUCGAAGUUUGUCUGCUGCCAUGUCAGCUUUGUGCUGCCAGAGUUUGUCAUCAACCUCUGCUCCGAUUUGUGUGAAGACAGGCAGGACUUGGUGGCCCUCUCCUUCCAGGAGUUUGUUGUCAACUAUGAGAAGGACAGCCUAUUUGAAACCAACAUUCAGAUGGCUCUGAAGGGAGUUUUGAUGGAGGAUCUCAUGGAACAUCCGGAGUCUAGCCACCGGUGCCUGAUCCGGUCCACCGUUCCCGAGAGCCAGCUGGAAAGCUCUAGGACCGCCCCUCCCAAGUCUGACUUCAUUUCGGUGUCCUGUCCUGACAUGACGUACCACAUGCCCACCCUGGCGGCACAUCCGUCCCUGCCGGACCGACUCUGCACCGAGAACGUCUUCCAGGCACACCUCAAGAGGAGCAGGGGCGCCGAGGAGAGAAAGAAGAACCUGAGAGGGGAUCGUGGCAGUGUGUCUGCCUAUCCCUUCACCCCCCCUCCAUCUCCCUCUGGCUGCAUCUCGUCCCCACAAUUGGCCCAGGAGGACUCCUUGAUGCACAUCAAUGUCUGCCUCAUCGACAGGCGCUCGCCACAUUUUGUCUCCAGGCACAACAGGGUGAACAAGACGAUCACUGUCGACCUGAACAGCCUAGAAACUGUCAUCAACUCCCAGACCUGGGUAAUGGUUCUGGACUUCUUGGGAAUUUCUGCCAGCCCUUCUGAUGAGCCAGACGCGUCCUGCAAGUGGGAUGUAGCGGCAAAGGAGGACACCGAGCUGGCGCAAGAACUGGAGCACGAGGCCAUCAACACUGAGCUGGAGGUGAACAUCCACAACUUCACGGUGACCCUGAACAAGCCGACGCACGAGCUGGCGAGGGCCAGCAUCAGUGGGUUCUCGAGCCACAUGUCGCUCAAGGACCAGGACAUUGUGCUCCGGGCCAGCCUGGCCAAGAUCUCGGUCCUUGACCUCACCCCUCACGGACAGCUCUACCCGGAACGAUUCGUCACGGCUGGACGAGAGGCACUCCACUUCGACAUAUUCAAGUACGGUGCACCAGACCCUGACUUGACUCGAGAAUUUGACAUCAAGGUCAAAUGCGAGAUGUCCUCAGUUCAAAUGGUUCACACGCACCGGUUUUUCAUCGAAGUGACCGACUUCUUUGCUGACUUCAGCGAGCUGCAGAUGCUGCUUAGAGCUGCCACUGCUGGAAGCAAGGCGAACCUGGAGGCCUGCCAUGCUCCGAGGGUUCAAGUGGAGGUCACCGCCGGUUCCCCCGUGAUUGUGAUCCCCCAAUCACAUAGCAGGCCUGACGUGCUGGUGGCCAACCUUGGGAAUCUCACUGUGUCCACUCACUUCCGAUUUGUCGGGGACGAGGACAUCACUCUUUCUUCGAGCGCUUCGUCCAGUGACAGCCCACCACAUCAUGGCAGAUGGCAAAUUGACACCUACAACAUAGGUAGUGUCUGCAGCAGUUCUUCAAAUGAUGCAAUAGGCUCCCCCUGCCUCCUGCAAGUGAUGCACAUGGAACUAGCAGACAUGGACCUCUACUCCGGAGUACGCCUCUCGGCAUCGGAGGCAGCAGCCCUUGGACAUUCUGCAAGGUCGCUUGGCAUCCAGUUUCCCUCUUUUCUCAUCAAGAAAAGUGGUGGUUCCCUUCUGAAACAAACUUUCAUGCUCCACCUGCAAGUGGAAAAAAAUCUUGAUUCUGCAUUCAACCAUUCGGUGCCCGACUGGACGGUGCAAGGCAGCUUCUCCUCGGUGCACUUCACGCUGGAUCGCAGUCAGUACAGGCUCGUGCACGGAAUCUUGAACCACAACCUCGGGGAGAGGGUGGAGCGCACCUCCGCUUCCGGUUCCCUGCUGGUCGAGCUCUUUCCCGAACAGGGAGGUCAGUCUGAAAAGAGCUGGACCUACCUGGCAAUCUACAUGGACCUGAAGAAUGUAACGCUGGAGCUGGUGCGCUCACACCCGAGGCCCAACUGCGCCAACUCAGAGGCUGCCCUGGCCAAGAUCGACCUGAUCCGGUCGCGGCUCACCCUCGAGUGCUACUCGGACCAAAGCCAUGACAUCGACCUGGUGUCGCACGAGAUACGCGUGUCUGACACCCGCUUCAAAGACGCCCCUGUGAACAACCGUCCCAACGUGUUCACCAACAUCCUCCAGCCCACCAAGAAUGUUGCCCAGGGCAAGGUGCUCCAGGCAGAGGUCCACUACAGGGUGACGCACAACCUGGGCCGCUUCACGGUGCUGCUCAACAACAUGCGGGUGAUGGCCGUCUUCAGCUGGAUCACCGAGCUCUCCGACUUCCUGUCUGUUGACACAAGCUCCCAGGACGCUGCCACAGGCCCAGCCACCACCAGCUCUGCUGUUUUUCAGCGCCAGAGCUCACUUGCGAGAAACAGCGUAGCUCCCAAGCGGCAACGCCACGCAUCGGCAGCGGCAGCGGUGGAGGUUCCACUGGAGCUGAAACUGAACAUGACUGACACAGAAAUAGUUGUCGUUGAAGACACUGCUGCGUGGGACACAAACGCAGUCAUUCUGAAGUCCACUGCAGUGCUCACGUACCACUGGGAGCAUGUGGAGCGUCCCCUGUCGUGCAACCUCCAGAACCUGGAAGUGUUCUCGUGCAUCCUGGGCAUCGAAGAGGACACGGCAUUGUCCAUCGUGGACCCCAUCAGCGUGUACAUUGACCUCGUAGAGAGGCCUUCCACUUCCCAUGCUCCCGGGCCCUCUCACAUCUUGCAGGUGGGGACAAUGAACAUGAACCUGAGGCUUUCUUACCAUGACGUGAAGUUGUUUCUAAAAAUCUUGGAUUCUAUUCCGAAGCAGUCUUUUUUCGGUGGCAUCAAGGGUCAGCAAACAGUCCAAGUGGACAGCCUUCGGGAAAUGGGCUUCACGUACGAAGACUGCGUUCGUGGGCUGGAGGAGUGCAAGGGAAACGUGGACGAGGCGGCCAUCUGGCUCACACAGAACGCCGCCAUUGACCUCCUUGCCGGCCCUGCCGAGCAGAACCCGACCAAGAGAUCCGUGGACGUCUCGGCCGUUGAGCUGAAGGUCUCCUACUUCUGUCUGUGCAUCAUUGACGACUGCAUGGAUGCGGAUGUCCCCCUGCUCGAGAUCAACCUUAGGGAAACAUACAUUUCUCAGGAACUGGCAUCAACAUUCGGUGGAGAGUCCAAGUUUUUCUUCAGCACAGGCUACUACAACAGGGCUCUGUCGGGUUGGGAGCCGAUCAUUGAGCCAUGGAGAUGCAACAGCCAGUGGGACGCAGCGUUCGACAAGCAAGGCCUGACGAAGUUUAGCUUCAGAGUGAAUGCUGAAGAUGUCUUGAAGGUGAACAUCACGACAGCACUUCUGGAUUUGUACCAAAGAGUGAAACAGUCCUGGACUGCUGAUCUGUAUGAACUUUUCUCAAAAGAAAAGAGCCCGGAUGGCAGGGACCCAAAUGUUCAUGGGGAGGUGGCUGUCAGACGCCGUUCGCCGUUUGUGCCGUUUGCCAUCAAGAACGACCUUGGACUCUCCUUCACCUUUGCCACCCUUGUGUCAGCAACAUACUGCGGCAAAGAAGAGCCCGUACCUCCAAGACUGGACUGGACUGGUGUGGGACCGGGCCAGGUGGUUCCAUUCACUUUCCAGGGACGAGAAAAGCUCAGACAUCAGGAUUCUCACGAACUGCGGAUGCACCAGCUUAUCCUCAGAGUCGACGGUUACCAACAGCUUGACCCUGUCUCAGUAGACAGAGUUGGGGUUUACUUCAAGUAUGCCAUGCCAAAGGAGCAUCAGCUGCGCAGUUCUGCGAUCACACGAGUGGUGUUCAGCGUGACCCUGGAUGGAAAUGCCCGCAAGCUGAUCACUGUCCGCUCUGCCCUGGUGAUAAAGAACAGGGUUGAGGUCCCUGUUGACCUCAAGCUUGAAAUUCCUGGAGUGAAGCCCCAUCAGAUGCACCUGCUGCCAAAGUCGACGGCCGCCCUGCCCCUGCCCUUCGUCUACUCGGAGGUCUGGGUGCGUCCCGCCCUCGGCAUGAUGUCCUACUCGUCUCUCCAGUGCCUGCCCCUGACCCAGGGGAGCGGCAGCUACUCUGCUAGCUGCUGCCCAAUCAGAAGCGACCUGCCCCUCUUCAGGUUCUCCGUAGCAGUGAAGCGGGAAAACUACCCUGACAAAGAGAAUGUUCCAAGCACUGUUCCUGCGCACACCAUCACGCUUCUGCCUCCAAUCUCUGUCCACAAUCUUCUGCCGUACGACCUGGCUUAUGCGAUCAACGAGAACCAGUGCAAGGGGGUCAUUUCGCCUCGGAAGAACUGCUCGCUCCAUGAGGUGAACACAGAGCAGUACGUCAUCAUCAACUUUUCUCUGGAGUACUUCCGGCAAUGCACCAGCCUGGUGAUCCCUCCUGAAUCUGGCAGCUUCACCACAAGGCUCGAAACCCGUGAUACGGAGGGGCGACUGCUGCUGCUUCACGCACGCGUCGCCGUGCUUCGAGGAAGGUCACUCAAGGUGUUUAUCUCGGCGCCUUACUGGAUCAUCAACCGUUCUGGUCUGCCCCUUAUCUUCAAGCAAGAAGGAACAAAUUCAGAGUCUGCUGGGCAGUUCCCCGAACACGAACAAGCCCGCAGCGUGGCACCCCUACUCUUUUCAUUUGCAGACUCGGAAGCAUCUAUGAUGUGCAGCAUGAGGCUUGGCACAGAGCUGCACCCCAGGAGCUUUCCUCAGUGGUGCACCAGCUUCUCCCUGGAGAAGGGAACCAGGGUGCGUCGGCUCAUGGUGUCUCCCAAGGAUGCACGGCCGGACUGGGUGUACACAAUCGGAGUGGAUGUUAGGCAGGGUCGUGGCAACUACACACACACCAACUAUGUGGUGCUUUCCCCGAGGUUCUUGGUGGACAACCAGAGCAGCUCGGUGGUCCAGAUCGCCCAGAGGUUUGCCACCAAGGAGCAGCACCAGCAUCGUCAUCACAUCUCCCUGGCCAAGCCCAAGUCGAGUCUGCCUUUCCACUGGCCGCGAGUGGACCUGGACAACCUCCUCUGCGUGCGCCUGGUAGACAUCUCGGGCUGCCUCUGGUCGGGCGGGUUCAAGAUUGACGAGCUGGACUCCUUCCACGUGCACAUGAGAGACGAACUGGGCCGCUCCUAUUUUGUGCGCGUGGAGGUGAUCCUGAAAGGGGCCACCUUCUUCAUCAUCUUCAUGGACUGCUCCAAGAUCCCGCCCCCCAUGCGCGUCGACAACCAGUCGGAGGUUCCCGUCACCUUUCACCAGACGGGCGUGGCGAGCGAACUGCUCAAGCCCGUCGUCAAGGCACACACUUCCGUGCCAUAUGCGUGGGACGAGCCCACCCUGCCUCCCUACUUGACCGUGACGGCACCCGGGGGAAUGAGCGAGACCUACGACAUGACCAUCUUUCGGGAAGGGAAAAAGCUGUACUACGAGAACUUUUUCUACAUCGCCUUCUCGGGCACUUUCCAGGAGCCUCGCGGGGUUCUGAAGCUCCAGUCCACCCCGAAGGAUGUAAAGUGCCAGGAACUCGUUCUGGACGUCCCUCAAGGCACUCGGGUUGUCAUCAACAAAAAGGAGCUGGGCAAGCGUUCCCAGCUGUGGCGCAUGACAUCCACGGGCAUGCUUCAGCACGAAGGCUCGAGCACCCCCCUGGACCCGAGGCACGGGUCUGAGUCUGGCCGCAUGCUGGUGCUGGACAUUGCGGGCCUGGGGCCUGAGCCCAAGAAGCAGACGGAGCUGAUGCUGCGCAAGCCUGACGGUCGCCGCAGGCUCACCCAGACCUGGCAGUUCCUGGACGAUGGUCGGCUGUGCUGCCAGCUGCCCGGCAUGUUCGUCCAGCCGCGGGACGGCUUUGUCGGGCUGCGUAGGGGCAAUGACGUGGUGCUGGGCCCUCCCAUGCCGGUGAGCUUUGUGUGCAUGGACAACGGGGUGCCCCUGGAGCAGGCGGUGACCAACCAAAAGAUGAGGGGGGGGUCGGGCAUUCUCUCCGUGCGAGUCGUUCCCAAGGGCCCCACCAUCGUCCUCUGUGUCACAGACUUCAGGCAAAAGCAACUGAUUUGCACAAGUACAAACGUGACAGGAGAGAAAAGCAAGGACACAAAAAACGAUGACCAAGGAACUCAACCCGAGGGUGCGUUUGGCUUGGAACUGGAGCUGAAAGUCCACCUGGCCGGUGGUCUGGGCGUCUCGGUGAUCAACCACCUGAGCGAGGAGCUGCUAUAUGGCCACCUGCACAACGUGCGGGUGAACUUCCAGCAGGGGCCGGCCUCUCAGCUGCUGGACGCGAGCGUGGAGAACGUGCAGGUGGACAACCAGCUGCAUGGGGCAGAGCGCCCUGUGGCCCUGUAUGUGACGCCCCUGCACGAGAGAAACAAGCAGCGCCACCUGCCGGCCAUCCUGGUCACCGCCGAGCGGCUGCCCGAGAGGGACACGGACGCUGUCAUCUUUCAGCACUUCAUAAUGCAAAUCAAAAACAUCACUCUGGCACUGGAGGAAGUACUGAUGCUGAAGAUAGUUCAGUUCUUGCACCAGGGGACUGACGAGUUCAUUGAGGAAGUAAUCAUUGACAACCAAGUGCAGAGAGCACAUGCAGCAGCGUCGGCCAAUGCAAGGCGGUUUUACUUCAACACGCUGAAAUUGAGGCUUGAUCAAGUCAAGCUAAGCGUGCUCACAUUGAGUCAACGGCCUCCCGAGCUGGACGCAAUCAAGAAGAAAGUUGGCUGGAGCCUGAUGCGCUUCGAGGACGUCGUUGUCGAGCUAGAUUCAUUUGUGAAGUCCCAUCCUUUCGAGUCUCUCGAGUUCCUGGUGAACAAUAUUGUUGAGCACUACAAGGGGGAAUUCCAGAGCCAUGCAGCUAAGAUCCUGGGGGCUGUAGAUUUUCUCGGCGACCCGGUGGGGCUCUUCAACGACGUCUCCACAGGCUGGUCCGAGUUCAUCAACGACGGAAAUGCCAUAAGUCUUAUCAAGGGAGUUACCCAUGGCCUUUCCAACUCGACAGUCAAGGUGGUGGGUUCCCUGUCGGACAGCCUGACGACGGUGGCCAUGACGGACCGCCAGCAGGUGGCACGCAGCCGCAACAUGCAGGACAACGCCCAGCACGCCUCGGUGGGCCACGUGGUGACGGGUUUCAAGCGGCUGGGUAGCGGAGUGCUGGGGGGGAUGACCAGCAUCGCACGGCAAUCCUACGAAGGGGCCACCAAGGAGGGGGUGCAGGGCCUGAUCACAGGGCUAGGCAAGGGCCUGAUCGGCACGGUGGCCAUGCCUGCGGUGGGUUUGUUGGACUUUGUGUCGGAGGCAGCCAGUGCGGUGCGGGACACAAGCAAGCCGCCCUCGCACGUGCACCCCAAGCGUUGCCGGGCUCCCCGCCUCUGCACGGGUCCUGGGGGACUUCUCCCCUGCUACUCGACCUCCCAGGCCCUGGGGCAGCAGUUCCUCUGCAACCUCAACGACGGACAUCGUGACCUGUUCGUUGCCAUGGAGCAGCUGGAAGGGCGUGCCGAUGGUCUGCGGCUGCUCAUCUCGACGGAGCGAGCCUUCAUCCUGAAGAGGGAGGCCUCGUGCGAGGAAAAUGUGUUGCACGCCGUCCCUUACGGGAGCCUCAGCCACUGCCGCUGGCUUCCGACCCGCGGGGGAAGUCCGUCCACUGAGGCCCCCUUUUGCAUCGAGUUCCUGCUCAAGCCAGAGAGGCUGGGUUCCCUGCUCGAGCCGCAGCACGGAUCUCUGCGGGUUGGAUGCGACAACGAAGCCACCGCACGGAAGGUGGUGCAACAGAUAAAUUAUGCAAGGAGUGCAUACGAGGAGAGGAGCUACACUGCCCACCUGAGUGACAGUGACGACGACACCUAAAUUGUACAUGCCUUUUUACGAACUGACAACUUCCAAGCUGUGAUCAUUUUUAUUUAAAGCAAUAUUUAUAACGAGCCAGACAAGUGACAGGUGCUGCUUCAGUCUGAUGUACGUAAUAAAAGUACCAUGCUGUGUUGGAGACGAA